GUCACCGCGGGCGCUCGAGCGCAUCGGACUCUCACGAGCGCGCGCGCGUUGCGGUGCGGCAGCUGCCAGGAGCGCGCGCAGACUCGCGGACGCAGAUCAUGUUUUAUUAUCUUCUUCUUCGUCUGAUUGUUGUAAUCACCGUGUGACCGGGAUCUGAUGGAGGGACUGGGAGCCGCGGCCGGGGGCUGUUCCGCGGGGCCGGAGGACACGGACUCGGUGCUCGGCGCGGGAUCCGGGAUUGAUGCUGCAGAUCUCGACGCUGCUCUUAAGAAGACACACUUAACCGAGAUGCCGUCGUCCUCGUGUCAGCCCGUCUCUGGCCUCGAGAAGAAGAUUGGCCACAGGCGAGUCGAUGCGUCCGGCGAGACCACGUACAAGAAGACGACCUCGUCUGCCCUGAAAGGAGCCAUUCAGCUGGGCAUCGGAUACACCGUGGGGAACCUGAGCUCCAAACCCGAGCGGGACGUCCUCAUGCAAGACUUCUACGUGGUGGAGAGCAUCUUCUUCCCCAGUGAAGGCAGUAAUCUGACGCCAGCGCAUCACUAUCCAGACUUCAGGUUUAAAACAUACGCUCCUGUGGCGUUCCGCUACUUCAGAGAGCUCUUCGGCAUCCGGCCCGACGACUAUCUGUAUUCUCUCUGUAAUGAACCCUUAAUCGAGCUCUCGAACCCGGGUGCCAGCGGCUCUAUUUUCUACGUCACUCGAGACGAUGAAUUCAUCCUCAAAACCGUCAUGCACAAAGAGGCGGAGUUCCUGCAGAAGCUGCUCCCGGGAUACUAUAUGAACCUGAACCAGAAUCCUCGCACCCUUCUUCCCAAGUUCUUCGGUUUGUACUGCGUUCAGUCCGGCGGGAAGAACAUCCGUAUCGUGGUGAUGAAUAACGUCCUGCCCCGCGCCAUCCGCAUGCACCUCAAGUUCGACCUGAAGGGCUCCACCUGCAAGCGCAGAGCGUCCAAGAAGGAGCGUGAGAAGUCCAGGCCCACGUUCAAAGACCUGGACUUCAUGCAGGACGUUCAAGACGGACUCCUGUUAGAUGUGGACACGUACAACGCCCUGGUCAAAACACUCCAGAGAGACUGUCUGGUGUUGGAGAGUUUUAAGAUCAUGGACUACAGCUUGUUGUUGGGGGUUCAUAACCUGGACCAGGCGGAGCGAGAGCAUCAGAUGGAGGGAUCUCAGAGCAGCGACGAGAAGAGGCCGGCCGCUCAGAGAGCGCUUUACUCCACCGCCAUGGAGUCCAUCCAGGGAGGAGCCGCGUGCGGAGACUCGCUCGACACCGAAGACACAAUGGGUGGGAUCCCUGCAGUCAGUGGUAAAGGAGAGAGACUCCUGCUCUUCAUAGGCAUCAUAGACAUCCUGCAGUCCUACAGACUCAUAAAGAAGCUGGAACACACAUGGAAGGCUCUGGUCCAUGAUGGGGACACUGUUUCCGUCCACCGGCCCAACUUCUACGCCGACCGCUUUUUCAGGUUCAUGAGCAGCAGUGUGUUCAAGAAAAGCACUUCGCUGAAGGCUUCUCCUGCUAAGAAGGGUCGUGUGGCCCUGAACGUGCCCAAGUUCAGCGGCCCCGGGUCCGCCUGGUCGGCCAGUCAGUUCCCCUCAGAGCGAGACCAGAACAUCUACGACCUGAGAGGAGCGCGCAGCUUCCCCGUGCUGGAAAACGAUGGUCUGCAGUCUUGCACUCCUCCGUCGUUCGAGGAAGCGACCACGGCAUCAGUGGCCACAACUCUGUCCUCAAACACCUCCAUAUCUAUCCCAGAACGCUCCCCGUCGGACACCGCAGAACACACACGCUACAGAAGACACACACUGUCUCUGAAAGAUGGCGAGGGAAGGACUCAUGAAGUGGUGGACGUGCACGAGGAAGAGCAGCAGACCAUCACUGUGCAGGUGGAGGUGAAGAGAGAGAGUGAAGAGGAGGAGCCUGACGUCUCUCUGACACAUGCAGCACAGGAGAUGGAGGCUCCUCCUGAUGACCCUGUCCCAGAAACACCCGUUUCCCAGCAAACACUUCCAGGUGACACAGCAGAUCCCCCGGAAACAGCCAGCGGGACCCUCAAAACAUCUCGGGCCCCUGAUCCAGCAGAACACACUGACCCAGCAGAACACACUGAUCCAGCAGAACACACUGACCCAGCAGAACACACCCCUGAUCCGCCCGGUCCCGGCCCGAACACACUGCGUCCCGACGGGGACAGGCUCCCAGAGACCCAGAGCCGGGAGUCUCUGGACGAAGAGGUCGCAGCAACCACUGACAUCUACUUCUACGCUCAAGGCAGAUAUUGGGUUUAUUCCCCGGUCCUCCAGCGGAAGCUCAGUUCCUACAGUAUCCCUCCAGAGGAGAGGAGCUGGAUGUACUCGUCUCUGCAUUACGGCUCAGAGCCUCAGACUGUGUCCGAUGGGGAAAGCGACACAUAACUGAUGAGAGCUCUUGCUGUGACGUGAGCUGAUCUCGACUGGCCGACUGGUAAAGCGCUCUUCAGGAUGGGUUUCUGCUCUUCUGAGGAAGAUCAAGUUAAAAGAAAAACGUGUUCCUUUUCUACUUGGGUUCCACGUCCCAGCCGGUUCCCCUGAAGAGCAACGUCAUCUCUCAGAAAACCCAGUGUGUGUGUGUGUGUGUGUGUGUGAACCCGACCAUCUCACCGCUAGGACGUGCAUCGUCUCCCUGAAAAACAUCUCGGCAUUUUGCAUCGCAAGUUGUGGACGACCCACAAUGCACUUCUUCAGUCAUUCCAUGAACACAGUGUGUCCGUUCCUCAUC